AGGACACGGGCGAUAUCCUGGUUGCCUCGCACAUGUCUCUCAGCUCGACGCGCUCGGAAAAUUCCUUACAUAACGUAAAUAAAAAAGUGACAGAGCAACUCGCCGAAAAAUCAAAAAAAUAAAAAUUUAACGGAAAGUGUGCUGCGAUGUUUCACCUGCCGUGUCACUUAAAAUUAUUGCCUUGUGUUGUUGUUGUUUGAAUUAUUUAUGUUAUGGGAUGUUGCAAAAAACCCUUAUAAUAUAUUAUGAGUGAGCUUCAAUCAACGAUUGAAUUUUCAGUGGAACUAUAUAAAUUUUACAAUGUGGACCUAUUUCAACGAGGAAUGUAUCAAGUGCGAUGCUCCUUGCGAGUAUCGUCGAAAUUAGGAGUGGAAAUCGAAGUGACAACGCCAGACGUAACAACCGGUUUGGGAUCAGCGAUCGUGUUGGGAAACUACGGAGCAUGUCGUCCUUUUCAGAUCCUCUACAGGAACGAGGAGGUCUCCCUCAAGGACGUGGUACUUUUCCGGUGUCACAUGCUAGUCGACGGUAACAACUUGAAGGAAUCUCUGGAUCGUGCCGAGUAUUCCCUACUCCUGGAGCUAUGGUUCAGCGAUUCCUCGCCAGCCACGAUGGUCCUGGUUUCGUCCAGGACGCUGCAGCUCAACAUGUCACCUGUUGAAGGUCUCCACUACCACUUGCCGGUCCUGUUCGAUUACUUCCACCUUUCGUCGAUCUCGCUCACGGUUCACGCCGUCUUGACCGCUUUACACCAACCAUCAAUGAAGAGAGGCCUUUUGCGGUACAUGCAGAGCUGUGCCCCGAAAUCGUCAAAGUCCUGGAGCAAAAUUCGUUCCACGCAAUGUUCAACGUUAACGGAUCCCGUCCCACAAGUGAAUAGUCAUAAGAUUUAUAGCAGAAUUAACGAAUCGCCGCAAAUUCAUUUAGAAGCCUACAACGUUUUAUUGGACUCGAGCAACAAUUUAAAAACCACCAUCAAGGAAUACAAACUUUUAUUAGCGCAAAGAGAAGAAAUCGUUGCAGAAAACUACGACGUUUUAGUUGUCAAACAUAAUGAAUACGAUAGUACCAAGUUAAUGAAGAAACGACCACAUAUACAAAAUUCGGAACUAGCAGAGUUGUGCGCUGAAAACAUUAGAAUAUGGAACUAUUUUCUGUUAACUUUUAGUUGCAAGAUAGCGAUACAACAAAAUCUAAGUAAAAGGCAUCACAUGCUACGAGUAAGAAGAUUCGCGGAACUAUUUUUUCUAGUUUACAAUCCCCGAAGAUCAGCAUUUGGCUGUUACGAGACAAAUUAUCAGAAUUAUUUCGUUAUUGCUGAGAUAGUUAGAAGAUCAAAAUAUAUGCAGUUACUACCCCCUUUGCCUAUACAUUGCUUGGCAUUGGAUGGAGACUGUGCAUCUAUGCCUAUAAUAUUUGAAGAUCAAUACCAAGACCCGUUUGAUGUAGACAAACGAAACUUUGAGUCACCGGAAUUACCAAAUAAAGAUACUUGGAGCAUCAAAAAAACCAACAUCAUCCCAGAUGACACGAACUGUUCGUGUGGUAUUGGAAAUUUGUGGGAUAAACGAAAAACCUCUGAAAAAACUUUGGUAAACGCUGAUUUAUACAAUCUGGAAGAUCCGUUAUCAUUUACAAUCCCAACAAGGCACAGUAAAUCAUUGGAUCAAUUACAAACGUGUUUAAAAAAUUCUUUCCAUUAUUCUUUAAGUAAUAUUACGAAUCAAAAAGACUUUGCCGAUACGAGACAAUCAAAAAAGUCUCAUUAUCAAACUGAUAAAGCAUUAAAAAAUGUGUCUAGCGAGAACAACAUGCGUCAACGAAAAUAUUUUUUAGAAGAGGAUUUUAAAUAUUUAAACAAAUCUGGUAGUCCAAACGAUAUAUGUGAUUGUUCUUUUAACGGUUAUAAUUAUGCAACAAUUAAGAAACCAAAAAAAUCAAAGGAUCGGGUAAUUUUAGAACCAACGUCCAUAGAUGUAACGUCAAGCCAAAACGGUGUUGAGAAAUUACGACAUUUUGAUAUCAAAAAUCUAUCCAAUGCCAAACAAAAAUACAACUCUUUAGUAAAAUCGAUAAGCCAUACGUCUCAUGGAAGCGGACAAAACAUAUUCAAAACGAAUUCAAUGCAGUUUCCAUCGCCUAAAAAGAACUCAGCCAAGACUAACAAAUUCAAUUCGCUUGUAACGAAACGCUGUCAGAAUCGUAAAUCAUUCACUCCAUCGUUCUUAUACGAACCGCAACCGGUAUACUUUGAAAGCUACAACAACACUACCUACCAAAACGGCAAAAUAAACCAAAUCAAAAAGUUCAAAUCAAACGAAAAACUACCGAAAUCAAAAUCACGAACAAACGGAAACGUAAAACACUUCGACAUCGGUUCGACGAGCAGUUCGACGGAAAGUCUGUCCUUCCGAAAAUUCAAAACAGGGUCAAAUGGUACAGCUUUACUUAGCGUAAGAGGAGGACUAAGGAAAGUUCGCAGCACCUCUUGCUUGGAAGAAGAAAGCUUUCCUAUGAUUUUAUCAGGUUCCGAAUCACUGCCGACUAUAUCUACCAAAGAGGAGGAAGCACUGAACUUUCCGGAAACAAAGUACUUGAGCAGCUCCACUUCUUCGACCAGCGAGCAAAGCGGAUGGAUCACAUCUAGAAGUAGUUCUAUAGCAUCUAGUACUGACGUAACCAAUCCUGCCACAAGUGCUACCGUAUCGAAUGUAGAUAAUUUAUUAAAGAAAUCAAAGAUGAACGGAAAGCGCUUAGAACAAAAUAUUUUUAAACUUAAGUCCAAUAAAUUUUAUUUGGAAAGUGAUAGCUUUAAUGGGCAUAACAAAAAGGAUCAAAAAGCUGAGAAGGACUUCAUUAUGUUUAAGGGCUGUGAAAAUAACCAAAGCAACAACAUCUGCGAGGACGACAUUGCCUUGCCACCUCCGAAACAAUUUCGGGACAUGGAAUCUCCAUCGAGUUCAAUUACGAACGGCACCAAUAAUGGAGAGGAGGACGACGAGGAGAGUGAUGCGGAGGAGGAGGAAAUCAACGCCGUCGACAAUUUACUUUAUCACGUGGUCGACACCGAAACUGUUCUCGAAGUGAAAUCUAGUCAAUUGAAUUUAAAUACAACAAGAGAGAAUGAAGACUUUAAAAUGUACAAAGGAACGGGCUCGGAAGCUCUGAAGACGUUCUUGAAAGGAAAAAAGGAAUUUAAAAGUCAAUUAAAUUUUCCUGGUUUGCUAUACUCGGAUCUAAACUCGUUUGCUUCAACAGUUCCUUAUUUUCACAUAAGCGACGAGUUCAGGAUAUUUUCUCCCGAGGGGAUGCACCUUAUAAUUUGUGUUCACGGCCUGGAUGGCAAUUCCGCUGACUUAAGACUUGUCAAAACAUAUUUGGAACUGGGAUUACCCGGCGCAUAUCUUGAUUUUCUCAUGUCGGAAAGAAAUCAAGGGGACACCUUUAGCGAUUUCGAGACUAUGACUGAUCGCCUUGUAAGUGAAAUUUUGCAUUACUUAGACACAAGUAGUAUACGACCAACUAGAAUCAGUUUCGUGGGUCAUUCAUUGGGUAACAUAAUCAUUCGAUCAGCUCUUACCAGACCACAAAUGAAGUUUCUUCUUCCAAGACUGCAUACGUUUUUAUCCCUAUCUGGACCACAUUUAGGAACUUUAUACAACAGUAGUGGAUUAGUUAAUAUGGGUAUGUGGUUUAUGCAAAAAUGGAAAAAGUCAGGUUCUUUAUUACAACUAUGUUUGAAAGAUGCCACUGAUUCGAGAAAAUCUUUUCUCUAUCGGCUCAGUCAAAGAAGUACUUUACAUCAUUUUAAAAACAUUUUAUUGUGUGGAUCAGGACAAGACAGGUAUGUUCCUUUACAUUCGGCCAGAAUAGAGUUGUGCAAGGAGUCGAUAAAAGACUCGUCUGAAUUGGGCACGAUAUACCGCGAAAUGGUACACAACAUAAUGUCUCCUAUAAUAUCUCAAAAAGAACUGAAACUGUUAAGAUACGACAUACACCACGCCUUGCCCAAUACAGCGAACGCUUUGAUCGGUAGGGCGGCGCAUAUUGCUGUUUUGGACUCGGAAUUGUUUAUUGAAAAAUUUAUGGCAGUAGUCGGAAUCAAGUAUUUCCGUUAAUAUAUUAUAUUGUUUAAGUUUUAUAAAAAAUAAAUUAUUU